AUGGACGAAAACGACGAUGAUGGCGAAAGCAUAACCCAAUCCGGGCUCAUCGACUUCGCCAACACUCUUCACGGCAGUGGGGGCUACGACUGGCCCGAGGCCGCCAAGAGUGGCCUUGCGCUCGCACACAGCGUCAUGCGCGAGGACGCGACAACCAUCAUGCUGCUCUUCACUGAUGCCCCUCCCCACCUCCUAGCUGUGGGAGGCGUACCAUGUCGGGCUGAGAUCGCCAAGCUGUCUGACCGGGAGAGUUUUGGCGGCAGCGGUCCCGACUUUAUCGAUUGGAUCUCAGGUGCCACACUCUUGUCGGAUGGCGACCGCAAGGCACAAGUCUUUGCCCUCGUCUACGCCACGGAUGUCCAGGCGUCACUCCUGUACCUGACCACCAUGACAAACGGCAACUAUUACCACCUCAAAUCAGCCACAUCAGAUGUCGUUUCCGACUUGACCAUGCAUGUGCUCCUAGCCUGGAUGGGAUUUGCGAACGACCAAGACGAACACUUCAACGAUAUCGUAACGACUGCCACCUACCGCAACACAGAUGGGCUGAGAGAUGCUCGGAAGGAAGGUGACUCGAGUUUGCGAAGUUUCAUGGAUUCGCAAGCUUGGCGGCUUCAGUCCAGCCACGUCAACUUCAACAUCACGUUGAGCGAAAAGGCCCAAGGCCAUGGGACGACUGUGGUUGUAGCGAAUCCACGCGCGUUGCCCAUGCAAGCGCUCGAGGCGAGAUACGCCAACGAUGCCGAGUACCGCGUCUUUGCGUCAAAGCAGCUUGCCGCCAUCAUCGAGAGUAACGCAUCCGCCGUGGGGACACAUCCCGUCUACGGUUCGCUCUGGCGCGCCAUCUGUGCUGACAGGGCGAACGAUGCCCGAGCCGGUCUGGUCAUGGCGUUUGGACAGGCUAUUGACCGUAUCACCAGUGAAACAAAACGUCAGAAAAUGAAGGACUGGCUCGCGCAAUCUUACGAUUUCAGCGCGGUCAUCAAAGAUGCCAUCAGCGAUGUGGCCGAGGACGAACACAGGGAUUUCGAGAUGCGUGUCUCGGAAGGGACGGCCAAACGCCCCAGGCCUGAUGCCCACGUUCUUUGCGAUGAAGAUCGCCGUCUGUUCCGCACUCUGGUCGACUACAAGAUGCUGGAGCAGAACCUGCAGACAACCCUCCAGGCGCGGAUCGGUUGGCAGCCCUCCAAGUCCAAGGUGGCUCUCGGCCCUGUCGCUCCGUGCAAACGUUGCAACAUGCCACGGUCAGUGACCAUCAUGGGCAGGGGCGGCAUUUGUGGCGUAUGUGAGUCCAACUACGACUGCCGUUGCCAGCGCUGUGUGAAGCUGGACAACCACGCGGAAUGCGUGUGGACCAACGUCACGGCGCACGACGACGAGAAGACGCCUGCAACAUGGGUCGAAUGCUCCGUCAUGACCUGCCGUGCUCAGUACGUCGUAUACACCCCGGACAGGCUGCGGGUGCGGCCCAAGUGCUACUAUUGCCUCCAUGCCAGUCAGCCUGACCUUGGCAUUGGAGCGUCGCCGACCGUGGAGUGCACAACUUGCCUCAACCGAAUGAUUUGGCCCAACGAAUACCGUCCCCACGACUUUGAUGAAGGCUCUUUCAAGUGUCCGGCAUGUGUCACCGGCCUCGUCACGGUGAUUGAGUACGAGACCAAUGUCACGAGAAUGAGGGAGGAGAACGGGUCGCAGUGGCUGCUCCGCAACGACAGCAAUGCCCUCGAGGAGCCUUUCAACGGCCGUUCUCUGUUCCACACCAUUUCCAGUGUCAAGGAUAUCGACUCGUUGGCUUCCAACGUCGAAAUUCUCCCAGCUUUCGCGACGAGUCUGACGAUCCAGGGCAAGACUGUGCAGAAUCAGGAAGCUCUGCUUUCGUGUCUGCGGGGCUGGGUAGACCAACGCCAGUCCGAGUCUGGCACAUGCACGCUCUGCUUCUCUGACCUGCGCAAGACCGACCUCCGGGCUGCCUGCGGCAGGAGAGGCUGCGGCUCUCAGAUCUGCACCUCUUGCCUGGACGGCUGGUAUGGGCUCGUCCACGUUGGCGGGCUUCGCGAGGCCGUGGCCAAUCCUGCCUGGAUCUACGCCUGGUGCGCCGGGUGCGGGUUUGCGAAGGAGUUCGCCGAAAGAGUGUGCGCCCAGGGCGCGCCUGCAGACGUGCAAGACUGGCGAUGCGGGGAGUGUGAGAUGCCGCAUGCCGAGACCACGGAGAGAAAGGUGGCCAUGGUGAUGCGCGAAUGCCCCGGAUGCAGCACGAUGACGGAGAAGAUCAGUGGCUGCGAUCACAUCACCUGCCCGAACUGUGAUGCGCACUGGUGCUUCCAGUGUGGUCAAGACGUCGGGUAUGACCGCAUCUACCAGCACAUGAGUGAGGAGCACGGUGGCUGGUGGGAUGACCGAGACGAUGGUGAUGCCAUGGCAGACCAACAUCAACCAGGCGCAGGCUCAGCUGACCCUCUAGCCGACUAUGAUCUCUCCACGCCCAUCUCCACAACCCAAGGCGGUCUUCGCCAGGGCCUCACAUCCUACGGAGACGCUCACUUCUCGCUUUUUCUGCGCAAAGUCUUCAUCAAGGCCCUCGGCUACAGCGACGACGCUCUCUCACGGCCCAUCAUUGGCAUUGUGAACACGUAUUCCAGCUUCAAUCCCUGCCAUGCCAACAUUCCGCAGCUCAUUGAGGCCGUCAAGCGGGGUGUACAGCUGAACGGGGGUCUGGCCGUCGAUUUUCCCACGAUCAGUCUGCACGAGUCGUUUUCGAGUCCGACCUCAAUGUAUCUGCGAAACCUCAUGAGCAUGGACACGGAGGAGAUGAUUGCUGCGCAGCCAUGUGACGCUGUUGUUCUGAUAGGAGCUUUCGGGCCGGUGCCAUUGAUAUCGGGAGACGUUUCGGCCAUCAACGAUGAGCUGGGGCCAACGAACAUUGGGGCCGUGGGCAACCCGGGCAUGCCCGAGGCGGGUCUCAUUCCCAUUCCGAGAAAGUUGGCCGGCCAGGGCGUGCUGGACAUACUUCGCAUCUCGGACGGCAGGAUGAGCGGCACGGCGGGAGGGACCAUUGUUCUUCACAUUUCGCCUGAAGCCGCGGAUCCCGAGUCCGUGCUGGGCAUUGUCAGGAGUGGCGAUGUCAUCACCUGCGACGUAGAGGGUCGGGUGAUCAGGGUGGAGAUUUCAGACGAGGAGAUUCUGAGGAGGUUGAAGGAGAAGAAGGAAACGCUGGAAAGGGAGGAGGCCAAGGAGGGCGCGACACCGGGGUCUUGGACGGCGAGGAAGACGAUCAGGGGGUACCGGGGGCUCUACAUGAGAUCGGUGAACCAGGCGCAGCAGGGCGCCGACUUUGAUUUCUUGACGGCUGCCGGGCCGCCUGCAGGACAGGAGUAA